GGGUAAUUUUUGUUCUACUCCGCUGCGAUGUUUUCUAGGGUUAGAUAGAUCGGAAGGGAGCGGCGAGAUUGUUGACAUGGCGACGGCGAGGUGGAGAUCGCUUGCUAUCAGCGUCCCUUUGCUUGUGGUCUUCCUGGUCGUAUCCUUGGCCUUGGCGAGCUCGGAUGUUCCAUUCAUGGUGGCACACAAGAAGGUCGAACUGAAUCGGCUCAAGUCCGGCGUCGAGAGGGUCUCCGUCUCCAUCGAUGUCUACAACCAGGGAUCAGCCACUGCAUAUGAUGUUAGCCUCAAUGAUGAUACUUGGCCACAAGACACAUUUGAACUCAUCUCUGGCACCACCACCAAGACUUGGGAAAGGCUUGAUGCUGGUUCCACUGUCUCGCAUUCAUUUGUUCUGGAGUCAAAAGUGAAGGGCACAUUCCAUGGAACCCCUGCUGUUAUCAAAUUCCGUGUUCCCACAAAAUCUACACUUCAGGAGGCAUAUUCGACUCCCAUUCUUCCUUUAGAUAUACUUGCAGAAAGGCCUCCAGAGAAGAAGUUUGAAUGGGCAAAGAGGCUCAUAGCUAAAUACGGGUCGCUGGUGUCUGUUCUGUUAUUGGUGGGUACUUUCAUCUAUAUGAUUGUAAGCCCAUCAUCAAAAUCCAGUGCCGCAAAAGGAAGCAAGAAGAAGCGGUGAUUCGAAAUACAAUCCUGGUUAUCACUUCGGCUAGUUUUUUGUUUUGUUUUAACUUUUGAGAAGACUUCAUCCUCAACAUUUCAAUUUCUACUUUGCCUGUCUAGUUAAUCACUAUUUCCAAUGUGAAAACAUGGUUUAUGAGGAACUUUAUCCAUGAACUUUAAACCAGUUUUAGGAGCAUAUUCUUUUCUCCUGA